AUGCACUUCUCUACUAUCCUCCCCGUCAUCGCCGUUGCGCUUGGAGCAGCCAAUGCCGCCCCCGUCGACGACGGUGUGGUCGAGCCUCGCGGGCUUGAGUGUCCUCAUGAAAUGGAGCUGCUCAAGCUCCACGGAGUUCCCCCGGGUGGCGUGUACACCGGAGUUGGCACCCCCGACUGCUGCCAAAACCUCCCGGACAACAUCAACGACUUUGACUACCCUGAAGUGACGCCCGGCUUCCAAUGCAACAUCUACACCGGCCGAGACUGCACGGGAUCCUUCAUCACCGUUCCCGGCGAAGUGAAAUAUCAUGACCAAGAGUGGAGAAGCUGGAAGUGCACUAGAUAUGAGUGA